AUGGAAGCGGGGGACAAAAGAGGAUGUACUAUGAAGCAAGCAUCCGCCCUAACAGAACUCCCCUCAGAACUCAAGCAACGUGUCGCUUCCUUUCUCUCGGUCCGCGAUCUCAUGAAACUAACCAAGACAUCCAAGUCGAUUCGAUCCAACUUGGAUGUGACACUAGUAUCUUCACCAUUGACAGAUCGGGCUUCCCAGAACAAAGUCUAUCAAACAUUAGAUACGCAACAGUGCUUUGCAACAGUUGUCCCAAAUCAAGAAUCGUUGCCUCAUUCAAUGACUUUCUGCUGCGGUGUGAUCUCUGCCGGAAGAAGCGGUGGAAUUGUGUGCAUCAAAGAGCAAGAAAUUCCAGUAAAUUCAAGUCCCAAUGAUCUCAAGGAGACGUCAUUUGCUGUUGGCAAAGUUGUUGCCACGAUUGCAGACUUGUACGAUGGACAGCGAAUUGUAUUAUCGUUUUACCCCCAACGAAACAAGUAUUAUCAGUUUUGGAUCAGAUCUGACGGGUUUGACGAUGACGAGGCUCUGCCCUUUGAAAGUAUGAGGCUAUGUUGCAUAGGUUUCGGAGCAAAUCCAAUGGACUACACUGCCUAUCAAUACGAUGACAACGUGCAACGACGCAGACGUUAUUUUCGGACGGUUGUGAAAUAA